GUUUGGCACCCGAUAGAAUUAGUAGAUUUAGGAUAUUUAGAACAAUCGGGAUAUUUGGGAUAUUUGGGACAUUCAAGAAACUUGGAAUAUUUGGGAUAUUUGGGACAUAUAGCAUAUAUA